AUGAGAGCUGGAGACAAGCCCUCUGCCGCUCAGAACGCGGAACCCGACCCUGCUCGGAUACCGUUGCUAGAACAAAGGACCUCCGGGGUACCAAGAUGGAACCAUCCCCAGGAACCCACCCCCCCCCCCCCAAAUCAUGAGCCUAAGCCAUCGCCGUAUCCUCCUCCUCCGCACCCAGGAAAUCGAGCACCUCCCCCAGUGUACGCCGAAGGCCCCCGAGUUGUUCACGUUGCUAUGUUCCAAGGCGUGCCUUUGAUGGCCUCUACCAUGCCUGUACACUACCAGUGUCCGUACUGCGGGAACUACAUCAUCACGGUGACCACCCCGGUCCCAGGGAUCCUCACCUGGAUGCUGUGUACAACCCUCUUCGUAUUUGGGUGUGUCCUGGGCUGCUGUCUCCUCCCCUUCUGUGUGGACAGCCUCCAGGACGUGAGCCACUCGUGCCCCGUGUGCCGGAAUGAACUCUUCCGCUACCAUCGCCCGUGA